AUGUGUGCUUUGUUAGUUUUGCAGCUUGUUUCCUUGCUAAGUAAGCGUUUGGGGUUAUUUUGUUUUGUUGCUACCUUCUGGACGACGGGCGGGCGGGCAGCGGCAGCGCCGAGGAUGGCAGCCAUGCCGUGGCUGCUGGACGACGGCAUCGUCCGCGGCAUGGCCAUCGGCGCGGUCUUCACCGACUACUCUGGGAAGAUAAGCUGCCUCGAGUUCCAACGCAAGGAGGAUCUCCUCGUCACCGAGGACGACUCCAUUCGCCUCUACAACACCACCAGCGCAACCAUGUGGAUGGGAAGUGUCUGGGAUCUACUGCAUUUUGAUUGCUGGCCUAUAGAUAUGAGUGACAGUGUUGGGUUCUGUUGUUUGGGGAUGCUGGUAGGAGUACAACAACAUUAG